AGUCAGGCACCACCCUAGAUGGAAACCCCCCAUGUAUGUGGGUACGGCUGUCAUCUGUGACGCAGGCUGAAAUUGAAGGAGUUUGUACCUUUUUUGUGCCAAAUGGCUGUAAUAUGCAACUGAAAGAAUGGUCACUGAUUUCAUUGCUGAUUUUGGCAGGCCUCCUGGGAGCUGCUGCAGUAGAGUGUGAUGACCAACACCACCUGGUUAAUGGACUCUGCUGUAUCAAAUGCCUCCCAGGGUUUUACAAAGACAAGGACUGUGAUGCUGAAAGCCCCACUAAGUGCUUGCAAUGCCCAGGGGGAACAUACACCGAGUUCCUGAACUACAUUGAAGAGUGCUUGGUCUGUGAGCACUGCUCUGAAGACCAUGGCAUUGAGGAAAAAAGGCCCUGUCUGCCUACACAGAACAGAAAGUGCCGCUGUAUGGAUGGGUUCUUCUUGGAGCCAUCUCUUAUUCUAGGCCAGAAUGCCGACAUGUGCCACAGGCACCAGGAGUGUCAACCCGGAGAAGGGGUAGUUGAAAGAGGAACAAGAACAUCAGACACAGUGUGCACUCCCUGUGCUGUGGGCACAUUUUCUGACCAAGGCUCCAGAACCCAGAAAUGUGAAGACUGGACUGACUGUGAAAGUUUGGGACUGAAGCUGAUAAUACCAGGCACAACAGAUCGGGACACAGUGUGUGGCUAUGAAUUUCUACCCUCCACAAUGUCAAGUGCUAAGACAGCUCAAACACCGGUACCACCAACAUCUUCAAGCUAUGCUACUGUAUCUGUGACAAGCGUGAAGGAUGCAGGAUCAGCAUGGCAGACCAAGUCAGAGGAAAAUGGGCAUGCAACAACCAGUGGCAACAAGCAUACAGACCAUAGAGGCAGCAAUCACACCAUCGCUACUGUGAUAGGUGUGGUUGGUAUCUUCUUGAUCAUCGUCAUAUUGGUGGUGGUAUGCAUUGUAGGAUUACAUCUCCAUGGUUAUCUCCAAUGUGCAAAGAAGAAAUGUACAAGCGGGCCAGGAAUCACCUACAGAAAUUCUGCAUACAGCCCAGUUACUGAUUCUGGGGACACAGUUACUGUCACAAAUGAAAGUGAAAAUGGCAGAGAUCUAGAAGAAACAGCAUGUAAACAUGUAAGAGGACAGUGGCCAACUCCCCCUCCUGCAAUGGAAGCCCCACAUACUUUACAAGUUCCAGCUGGACCAUCAGGCCAGAAUGAAGGGCAAGAACAGCAACCUUCAACUUCUGAUGGCAACACUCGGCAGAUUUACUUAAAUGUUCAAGUCACUAAUAACAGUCAUCAGGUCAUAAACAACACCACAAAAAACACCACUGUGCAUGACAAUAGUACUAAUGUUCAAGAUUGUGGAACUGCAUCUUUUGGAAACAACAACACCUUUAAUGUUGACACAAGCAUGACUGAUAGCAGCACUGUGACAAAAGUGGAAGGUAAUAGUGGUGGUGUACAAAUUGGCGAAAAGAAUACCAUGUAAUAAAAGUACCUGAAGAUUAUACAUUGAGGUCAGAUCUGAUAUCAGUUAUGAUAAUUUUUUUGCUUUGAAAAUGUAAUGCUACUUUUAAAAUUGUAGCUUUAGCUUGAAAAUUGUUAGUGUAUUCAGUCAACGACUUUAUAUAAUGUCAAGUACUUAAUAGCAAAAUAGUAGAUUAACAAUUUAGUUGACUUCACACUUUGCUGUACAUGGCUAUUUUCUUUGUUACUUAUCUUAACAAAUCUCUUACUAUGUAUCAUUAUGUUGACUUUAGGUUUCAACAAUUUGUGUUGUGUAUCAAAUAUCAAGUAUGUUGGUUACUAAAACAUUAUGCUUAGCCAUACAUGUGUUAUAGUAAUAUUUAGUAAUAUGUAAUAUCUGUGUAAGAGUUGAAUUAAUUGUACUGUAUAUGAGGAUUACGAAGUAAGUGCUAGCAGGAUUUAGGAUUUAAUGAUAAUUGCUUAUUGCUUGUUGCAUAUGAAUACAAUUUUUAUGUAAAUGUUCCCUAUACCUGUGGUCAAAAACCAUAACAGAUAUUCCUUAAGAUCUAUAUUACUUGAAUGUGCAAAAGUUUGCAAACCAGUGCAUUACACAUUUACACCAUGAGAUGAAAAGUUCAGGUCAACAGACUGUUAGGUUGAAUCAGCUGCUCACAUAUAGAGAAUAUGGACUGUAAAUUUUCUGUUUUAAAUUCUGUAUUGGUUGUAAAGUUUAUAAGAAACUCAAAUGUUGAGUUAAAGUAUUAAUCAUAAUAUGUAAUGUCAUUAAACCAGACUCCUGUAUGGCACUCAUCUGUAGUUGUUAAAUCUAUCGUGGUAGAAUGAAGGUUUAGUUUAAUAGAAUUCCAGUAUUAGGAAUUCCAGAAUUCCAGAAGUGCAAGUGCAACAUAAGUUAAUGUUUUUGCUUGGCUACAAUGUACAUUGUACAAGACAAACUGUCAAUAAAAGAAA